GUGUCGCCACAUACUGUCAUCCAACGUAAUUAUUGUUAUGAAAUUUGGUUUUUUCUGUUAAAAUGUUGCGUAUAUUUACAAAAACGAGUGUUCUCAGAUCAUUGAGACCUGCAGCGGUAAUUCGCGAUUAUACGUAUAAGCAGUCUGCCGGCUCUAAGACGCAAUCUGAGGAGGCGCCCAUCAGCAAUGAGCCCAUCCAGUUCUUUGGAAGCCAGGCGGCCACCUGGCGUGCUCGAGACACACGAAGCGGUGGCAGCGAGGAAUCAUUGUGGUAUCAACCAUAUGUAAUAUCCGCUAGUCUGGCAAUUUUCCUUGCAUAUUUCUGCAUACUGCGAGAGGAGAGCGACAUUGAUUUACGUCUGGAGGGCAAUCUGUACGAUCAUGUUAGUGGAUUGGAGGAGGUACAAUUGACAGUUAACUACAAAUACAACAAGGAACACGGAUUGGAUACGAAGCUACAGGAAAAGCGUCUAACUGAGUUGGGUGUUGAUAUGAAACAUCUUGAUGCAAAAUUAGCCGCUAAUUAAUCAUAACUAUUAUUUAUGUUUAUGUUACAACUGUUAUUUCUUAAGCAACCAAAAGUUAACUUCUUAUGUAUAUCCUUCAUAAUUCGAUCUAUUAACAUAUGAAGUUUGAAUUGUUUAGUAUUUUUAACAGUAAUAAUGCCCAU